GCGGCCCAUUUUCAAUAACUUUUGCAGCCCGGGAUACCCCAUGGCUCCUCUCUUGCGCUUCUGCACCGCCUUCCUCGGCGUCAUUGCCUCAAGUUCCGCUGAACUGGACGCCGAUGAGCCGGGCGUGUCCAUGUUACAGGCAGACAGCCGCGGGGUUCGGCGCUCCGCUUCAAACCCCUUGCUGGUGGCGGCCUUGACGGAUGGGAUGUUGGACUACCUCGCUGACAGCGACGCGCCCUACACGGCUGAAGAGGUGGGGCACAUUGCCGCCAACAUGGCCGCGAACUUCUUCCCUAACGGCACGCUGGUCGCGGCGCCCAGCAAGGUGUCGAGCAACCACAGCAACGACUACUUCUUCAUGUGGCAGCGCGACGCGGCCCUAACGAUGCGAACAUUGCUGAGGAUUACUGUGGCAGCGCCUGGGGGCAAAUUCGCCGCCAUCAUCGGGGACGUGGGGUCUCCGAUCCGGCAGCAGCUGGUGCGCUACGCCGAGCUGCUGCCGAAGCUCUGGAACCAAGCGGAUCCCAACACGAUGUGCCCUCCCUGGUACAAGGACCAGCCUGGAUGGUGCCCUCCGCUCGGGGAGCCCAAGUACUUUGUGAACGGCUCCGUCUACGACCAGCCCUGGGGCCGACCCCAGAACGACGGCCCCGCCUUGGCCGCGGUGUACCUCUCAGACCUCCUGAACGCCAUCCUGGACGACGGAGGCAACUCUACCGGGGACUUCACCGCGGAGCUCCUCCGCGGAGGCGGCACGGAGGGCAUCCUCUACGACGCCCUGGACUUUGUGAACACUUGGUACAACGAGGGCUCCGUGGGCCCAUGGGAGGAGAUCUACGGGAACCACUUCUUCGUGGCAGAGGUGCAGCGAAAGGCAUUGCUGGAAGGAGCCCGGGUGGCCAAGCGUAUGGGCCAAGAUGGGGACGCGCAGUGGCCGAAGUCCGGGUACAAGAAUUGGGUGUACAGCGCAGGAAACCUGCGCGGAGCCUCCGAAAGCUUCUUCUCGGAGGAGACGCUGGUGGUGAAGGCCACGGUCGGAAGGCAGCAGGGCUUGGCCGGGCCAAAGUGCUUGAGCUCCGAGCGUGUGCUGCUGGAGACGGGAGAAGUGUGGCCCACCAUGGUGGAGUUCCCCUGUGAGCUGGACGUCAACACAGUAAUCGCAGCAAACUUUGUCUUCAACAGCAAGGCCGCAGGUGACUCGGUGAUCCCGCCCUACGAUGCCCGGCUGCUGCGCACGACCAAGAAACUCAUUCAGUCCAUGGCGCCCAACUACCAGGUGAACGCAGUGGAUCGUGCGAAAGGCCUGGCCGGGCUCCUGGUCGGCAGAUACCCUGGCGACACGUAUUGCGGCUACGGGGAGUGCGGGAAGGAGGACUACGGGAACCCCUGGUUCCUGACCACCCACGCCUUGGCGGAGCAGAUGUAUUGGUCCGCCUGGGCCAUCUGCAGUGGGAUGGACGUGGCGGGUCACGUGCAGCCGUUGAUGGACGAGCUCCGCAAGGAGUCCCGCAUGGGAAGCCGCGUUUCGCCAAUGGAGCUUGGGGAUGCCAUCAUGAAGAAUGCCAAGGCGCAUGCCAUCAUGCCGGGGGUGCACAUGUCCGAGCAGAUCAAGAUGCGAGGGCCAGAUGUGGGCAAGCAGGCGGGGGUCCCGGACCUCACCUGGUCCUACGCUUCGGCGCUGGACGCGCUGCUGGCGCGCCAUGAGGCCACCACGGCGUGCAGGAGGUCCCUGCCGUGGCGGUGAGUCCGAAUUCGGUUUGCAAGUCGGCGGGUUCCAAGCCUCGCAAGGGCGAAGCCGAAGCGUCCCAAGAUCGUCC